AUGUCAACCGUGUCAUGUGAUUGGAAAUUGCGUGAACCGAGGGAGACGUUGAAGACAUUGUUAAAGACUCAGUUUUCGUUUUCAGUCAGUUUGUCUCUGAAGUGACUGCUUUUAAGUCUUGGCGACGAAGCCAACACGGCUACUAAAGUGUUUGUCAGCCGACAAGUAUGCUAGGCUAACUUCCGCUGCUAGCUUAGUUAGCUUAGUUAACGUUAGCUAGACGUUAGCUUGUGAGCCAGAAAGUGUGCUUUAGCCUGACAGAAAGUGUCUUUUUGUGUUGUUGGAGGAGUACAAAUGCAUACGGGAGACGUUUGUGCUUAAAUGACGUCAUCUGCCGCCUCCAUGAUGGCCCCCCAGAUGUCUUUUCAUCACCGCAGCAUUCUGGGAUUGACCCUGCUAGCGGUGAGCACUGCUGCCCUCGUCUGUCCUGAUGGCGGCGUGUGCGAGGACAAGAGCACCUGCUGUAAGAGCACGGUGGGAGGAUACGGAUGUUGCCCACUGCCGCAUGCGGUGUGCUGCUCCGAUGGCCUCCACUGCUGCUUUGAGGGCACCGUGUGUGACCUUCUCCAUGCCAGAUGCGUCAACAAAACCACAUCCCUUCCCUGGAUCACGCCACGUUCUCCCAAGCAGCUGAGUCUGCGAGCAGCGGCCAUUAUGUGCCCUGACCAACAGUUCGAGUGCCCGGACGACACCACGUGCUGCCAGCUUCCUAAUGGCCUCUGGGGAUGCUGCCCAUUAGCCAAGGCGGUGUGCUGCGAAGACAAGCGUCACUGUUGUCCUGAGGGAACCACGUGCGAUCUCGUUCGCUCCAUAUGCGUCUCGCCGUCGGGCGGGUGGCUCCCUCUGCUGGGAAAAAUUCCUGCCAAGCCUCGCGUAUUAAGGAAUAAUGACAUCAUCAUCACCGCAUCGACCGCCGUGGCAUCAGUGACAUGUCCCGACGGAGGAAGUAGCUGCCCCGACACUUUCACCUGCUGUCUGCUCGCCAGCGGAGACUACGGAUGCUGUCCUUACCCAGACGCCGUGUGCUGUGGCGAUCACGUCCACUGUUGCCCUCGAGAUAGCGUGUGCGACCUGCAGCACCGGCUGUGCCAAUCUGGUGAUUCUCACGUGCCGCUCUUAAAGAAGCUUCCUGCCUGGACCGGUGACAUGGAGUGUCCCGACAAGACGUCCGUCUGUCCUGACAAGACAACGUGCUGCCAAACGAGCUCCGGAGACUUCGCUUGCUGCCCCAUGCCUGACGCCGUCUGCUGUGCCGACGGCCUCCACUGUUGUCCUCACGGCACCGUGUGCAACAUGGCCACCGCCACAUGCGAUCAUCAGACCACAGACGCCGCCGUGUGGCCCCGCUCGGCCUUGGGGGAGAACACCAAGUGUGACGAGUCGGUGUCGUGUCCCGGCGUCUUCACCUGCUGUAGGACUGUCAGCGGGGACUGGGGCUGCUGCCCCGCGGAGCAGGCUGUGUGCUGCGAGGACCACCUGCACUGCUGCCCUCACGGCAAGAAGUGCAACGUGGAGGCUCAGACAUGUGACGACCCCUUAGGCGUGUCGCCGCCCCUGCCUUGGGUUUUGAAGAUGGCCGCCAUGCAUGACGAGGAGUGCGACCAGCAGACUGUGUGCCCCGCGGGGAGCACCUGCUGCAAAGCGGCGGCCGGGCAGUGGGCGUGCUGCCCGUUACCGCAGGCCGUCUGCUGCGACGACCUCCAGCACUGCUGCCCCGGCGGAUAUAAGUGCAACCUCGCCGAACAGACAUGCGACAAGCCUGGCCAGCUCCGCCUACCUUGGUUCCGGAAGAUGGCGCCCCGUCAACGGCUCUCUUUAGCCAGGCAGAUGUGCGACGAUAGGACCAGCUGCCCGAGCGCUACGAGCUGCUGCUUCAUGAAGAGGACUCAAACGUGGGGCUGCUGCCCACUGCCACAGGCCGUGUGCUGUGACGACGGCGAGCACUGCUGUCCUGCCGGACACGUGUGCGAGCCGCACCGCGCUUCCUGUUCCAGAGAACGCCAUGUCAUCCCCUGGCUCUCCAAAGCUGUUGCCCACACGCAUCCGGCGGCCGUGACGGACAUCAAAUGUGAUGAUAAGAGCAGCUGCGCGUCGGGGACGACUUGCUGCAAGCUGCCCACUGGCGAGUGGGGCUGCUGCCCGCUCGUUAAGGCCGUGUGCUGCGCGGACCACGAGCACUGCUGCCCGCAGGGAUACACGUGCAACAUGGAGACGGGUACGUGCGAGAAGACGAUGCUGGCAGUCGAGGCGGUCCGCGCUGAUGACGCGUUGGUGCCGUGUAAUUCCACGGCGGCGUUUGGCUGCCCCCAACACGAAACAUGCUGCCAGAGCUCCAACUCUGGUUGGGCUUGCUGUCCCUCCCCUAAGGCCGUGUGCUGCGCCGACAUGAAGCAAUGUUGUCCUGCCGGUUUCUCGUGCGAUUUAAAGACUGGCGGCUGCAGUCCAAUUCCGUACAUCUCGGACAGACCAGGAGACCUCUAACAUGCUGCUGGAAGAAGAACCCUGGACCCCCCAACCCCCCAUCAGCUGAUUUGAUGAUUGGAUGCGACUCUAAUCAACAUGGGCUGGUAUUAAUGAAGAGUUCAUUUUUUUUUUUUUUUGAGAUUUGUUUGAUUUGGGAUCAGUUUAGAUGAUCAUUUGAUCACAUCUGAUUCGUGUUCAAUAAAACAAAAAAUUUGA